GAAGCGUCGAGCCUCAUUAGUCUCUGCCCCAGAAAGUCCUGCUUGACGCCUGCAGCAACGACGCGCGAUCGACGACACUCAGCGAUACCGAUCUUUCCAGCCAUUCGGCCAUUCCAGUACUAAAGUCCAGCGAUAUUGUUAGCGACUUGCGUUCUUUGCCAACCAACGACUGUCGAGUCGACUCUCUCGUGGUUGCACAGCAUCUUCGUCCAGCUUGUAACGGAUCACAAAGCUCCAACAGGCUUUCUUCCGAGAAACAACUUUUCAGAAGCUGUUGCCUUGCGUGCUUCGUUCCAUCCGGCUAAAUUUCCGUCAGGGACAGCCUUUUCAGCAGGAUGACCAACGAACGUACUCCCCUCUUGGGCUCUUAUGCCUACGGUGACAGCGACGAGUACGCGUCCGUCGACGAGCAUGCACAAUUUUGUAUGCUGGUGGGUAUCCCCUCUUCGGCGCCAGAUGCCGACCGGAAACACCGUUCUGUACCGCCAAAGUCCCUCUACGGUCGUGUCACUCGCCAGCUCCGUAGCCAACGCUGGACGUAUUACACGACAGCCUCCUUGUCCAAUAUUUUACUCCUGUCGCAGGUCAUGUUAGGUGCUGCCCUCACAGCACUCGGCGCUUCAGAGUCCUCACAUAUUCUUAUUACUGUCUUUGGGGCGAUGAACACGGUCAUUGCGGGGCUUGUCGCUUACCUGAAAUCUCGUGGCCAACCGAUGCGUGCCCGCAUGUACCGCGACGACCUGGAACGAGUGGUUGACGAGAUCGAGAAUUCCGAGGUGAUGUGGCUGGGCAUUACGCGCCAUGUGCAUGGGUAUGACGAAAUCGACACAGACGAUGGCCAGGUCAGUGUCCGUAGUGAGGUUGCAAGGUUGACCAGGUUGUAUGAUCGUGCCGUGAAGAGCAAUACCAUGAACAAUCCUGACAUGUACAUGGCUGGUGGUGGGUUCGACGGCAAUGGUGCACAGCUAAGGUCGAGACCCCAGGGUGUAUCGGCACUCCCUAUCACGCCAGGUCCUCAGCCUAUUGUUGCUGCACCAGUUCUGGGGCCGAGUGUGCCGGCGGUUGCGGGGCCGGCACCUGCUCAGAACGUUGCAGAUCCUGAUGAGAGUCCCGCAACCGCUGCUCCCAAGCCCAAAGAGGAGCCUAAAGAGGAUAAGAAGGAUAAGAAGGAUGAUGCAGGCGAUGACGUUCAAGAGGCAAGCAAGGAGCAGAAUAAGGACACCAAAGAGGGAGAGUCAUCGUCUGCCUCAAAAGCACCUGCAGCAGGUGCGACACAGGCAGAGACCAGCUCGUCGAAGACUACGCCGGUACCUCAACAGCCUGACCCGGACGCAGCACCAGCGACAGAUCCCAAAGUCCCUUUGAAGAAAGACUAGGCGGCUGGACUUGGCGGCGAAGUCUUGGAGUGAAGCUUUCCUUAAGUCACUAUGAAUGUGCCCUUGUCGAUCGAUUCUACCAGACAAUUUAACAUCUAAUACCCAGGUGCUGUCGC